UUCAUUACACACAAGAAAAAAUAACAGUUCUGGAACAUAGAGAGAGCGAGUUUUAGAGUGACUCAGCGAGUCAGCUAAGAAAAAAAUGGAAAACAGUGAGCCAACGACGAUAAUGAUCGCAGUGAACGAGUCAACUCUAAAAGGAUAUCCACAUCCUUCCAUUAGUAGCAGAGGAGCUUUUGAUUGGACUCUUUCAAAGAUCGUACGGUCUAAUACGUCUGCGUUUAAGCUUCUGUUUCUCCAUGUCCAAGUUCCCGAUGAAGACGGUUUUGAUGAUGUGGAUAGCAUUUAUGCAUCUCCUGAUGAUUUUAAGAGCAUGAAGCAGAGGGAUAAGGUGCGAGGACUGCAUCUGCUUGAGUACUUCGUCAAUAAAUGUCAUCAGAUUGGGGUUAUUUGUGAAUCAUGGAUCAAGAGAGGUGAUUCCAAGGAAGUAAUAUGCCAUGAAGUGAAACGAGUCCAGCCAGAUCUUCUCGUUUUGGGGAGCCGGGGUCUCGGCCCUUUCCAGAGGGUGUUUGUUGGAACGGUGAGUGAAUUUUGCCAGAAACAUGCUGAGUGCCCUGUUAUUACAAUCAAACGUAAAGCUGAGGAAACUCCUCAGGAUCCUGUUGAUGACUAACCUUGUUACUAUGUCGACCUGUAACAUUUAUGUCAAUAAACAUUGAGAAAGUUCUUUUCUGUUGAUAUAAACAGGAAAAGUCUCGAUAUUAUGAUAGCCCAGUAUACGGAUUUAUUUUCGUAUAUAUUCCUAUGAGUGAGCCUACUUUCUGUAAAGAAUUGUGUAUUAUUGCUAUUUGUUGGAAAUUUAUUGCUUUUUUCA